GCAACUGGCCUAUAAAACAACUUCCGCCGGAAAAGAAGUCCCUUUCCUUUCAGCGGCACGAAACAAAAUGGCGGCACAGAUCUCCAAGAAGAGGAAGUUUGUUGCAGAUGGCAUUUUCAAGGCCGAGCUGAAUGAGUUUCUGACCCGUGAGCUGGCUGAAGAUGGCUACUCCGGCGUGGAGGUGCGUGUUACCCCAACCAGGACUGAGAUCAUCAUCCUAGCAACAAGGACUCAGAAUGUGCUGGGUGAGAAAGGUCGCCGUAUUCGUGAACUGACUGCUGUUGUCCAGAAGCGGUUUGGCUUCCCAGAGGGCAGUGUAGAACUGUAUGCUGAGAAGGUUGCCACCAGAGGACUCUGCGCCAUUGCUCAGGCAGAGUCUCUCCGCUACAAACUGCUAGGGGGUCUGGCUGUGCGAAGAGCCUGCUACGGUGUUCUCCGUUUUAUCAUGGAGAGUGGUGCUAAGGGCUGCGAAGUCGUCGUUUCUGGGAAACUGAGAGGCCAGAGAGCCAAGUCCAUGAAGUUUGUGGAUGGCCUGAUGAUCCACAGUGGUGACCCAGUCAACUACUAUGUUGAUACCGCUGUCCGCCACGUCCUGCUCAGGCAGGGUGUGCUGGGUAUCAAAGUAAAGAUCAUGCUGCCCUGGGAUCCAAGCGGCAAGAUCGGCCCCAAGAAGCCCCUGCCUGAUCAUGUCAGCAUUGUUGAGCCCAAGGACGAGGUUCUGCCCACCACCCCCAUCUCUGAGCAGAAGGGAGCCAAGCCAGAUGUGCCCGUCAUGCCCCAGGGAGGCCCAAUUCCCUCUGCAUAAGGGUAUUCAUUAACGCAGAGAUGAAGUCCCUGGAAAUUUUCUUUGUAAAAAUUUCAAUAAAACAGUAAAAGAC